GCGCUGGAACCCGGGGUUUCCAGAGCCUACUUGAUCACAGCUACAGAAUGGCCUCUAGCCCACCUGGAGUUCCUAGCCCACAGCCCUCUAGGGCCAAUGGGAACAUCAACCUGGGGCCAUCAGCCAACCCAAAUGCCCGACCCACAGACUUUGAUUUCCUUAAAAUCAUUGGCAAAGGGAACUAUGGGAGGGUCCUACUGGCCAAGCGCAAGUCAGACGGAGCCUUCUAUGCAGUGAAGGUCCUGCAAAAGAAAUCCAUCUUAAAGAACAAAGAGCAGAACCACAUCAUGGCAGAACGCAGCGUGCUGCUGAAGAAUGUGCGGCACCCCUUCCUCGUGGGCCUGCGCUACUCCUUCCAGACCCCAGAGAAGCUCUACUUUGUGCUUGACUAUGUCAACGGGGGAGAGCUCUUCUUCCAUCUACAGCGGGAACGCAGGUUCCUGGAGCCCCGGGCCCGGUUCUACACUGCAGAGGUGGCGAGCGCCAUUGGUUACCUUCACUCUCUCAACAUCAUCUACAGAGACCUGAAGCCAGAAAACAUUCUCUUGGACUGCCAGGGUCACGUGGUACUGACAGAUUUUGGCCUUUGCAAGGAAUGUGUAGAACCCGAGGAGACCACAUCCACCUUCUGCGGCACCCCUGAGUACUUGGCUCCAGAAGUUCUUCGUAAAGAGCCUUACGACCGAGCAGUGGACUGGUGGUGCUUAGGAGCGGUACUCUAUGAGAUGCUGCAUGGCCUGCCCCCCUUCUUCAACACAGACGUGGCCCAGAUGUAUGAGAACAUUUUGCAUCAGCCGCUACAGAUCCCUGGAGGCCGGACAGUGGCUGCCUGUGACCUUCUGCAAGGUCUUCUCCACAAGGACCAGAGGCAGCGGCUGGGCUCCAAGGAAGACUUUCUCGACAUAAAGAACCACGUGUUCUUCAGUCCCAUAAACUGGGAUGAUCUGUACCACAAGAGGCUGACCCCACCCUUCAACCCAAAUGUGGAAGGACCUGCUGACUUGAAACACUUUGACCCAGAGUUCACCCAGGAAGCUGUGUCCAAGUCCAUUGGUUGCACCCCUGACACCAUGGCCAGCAGUUCUGGGGCCUCAAGUGCAUUCCUCGGAUUUUCCUAUGCACAGGAUGAUGAUGACAUCUUGGACUCUUGA